CUCCGUCCACUGCGUUCAUUUCAUUCCUGCUCCCAUUCCGCGCAUAUUUCGCAUCCUUGGAGAGACCCGGCGGCGCAUUUUACGCACUCAGCGCGCCCGACUCUCCGUCAAACCAAAACCGAGUGGAGGCUUGCGAGUUGCCGAGGGAGCUUCCGCAUGCGUCGGAUGCCCCCGUGUGCGCCAAAGUGUGGGAAUUUAGCCAUAAAGGGGCAAAGAAACCGAGGCUUCCUCGCACCUGCCCUGGGAUUUUUAGAAACGUUUCUCUUUUCUAUGGUUUGCCAGCCAAUUUUUGUGGAAUAUUUCGGAUCUUAAGCAAUUUGGGGCUAUCCUUGUGCACUGACCACAAACCGAACAUUAGCUGCCAGGAUGGAACGCAGCAGUUGGAGUGGCAGUGAGAGUCCCGGGGACGACAUAGACAGACUGAGUGACUCUGGUGGGGACAAGACAAUGGACGGAGACCCUGAGGGAGUGUGGAGCCCUGACAUUGAGCAAAGCUUCCAAGAAGCCCUUGCCAUUUACCCGCCAUGCGGAAGAAGGAAGAUUAUACUGUCGGACGAAGGAAAGAUGUAUGGUCGAAAUGAGCUCAUAGCCAGAUACAUCAAACUGCGCACAGGAAAAACGCGGACAAGGAAACAGGUUUCCAGUCAUAUCCAGGUCUUAGCCAGAAGAAAAUCAAGGGAGUUCCAGUCCAAGAUAAAGGAUCAUAAUGCCAAGGAGAAAGCGCUCCAGAGCAUCUCGUCCAUGUCCUCUUCUCAAAUCGUCUCAGCCACUGCCAUACACAGCAAGCUGCUGCCGGGAAUAGUGCGGGCCAACUUUGCCGGCAACACACAGCCUCCCUAUGCAAUGCUGUGGCAGGGGAUGAUCCCUGGAGGACAGUCCAGUUCUGCCUCAGAAGACAUCAAGCCGUUCUCGCAGCAAGCCUACUCGGUGCAGACAGCAGGGACCACCACAAUCACAGGUUAUGAGCGUCCUGCAGCGGAGUCGCACAGAGAGCCGGCGUGGCAGGGUCGUUCGAUUGGCACCACUAAACUGAGACUGGUGGAGUUCUCGUCGUUCCUGGAAACCCAACGAGAGCAAGAAGCUUACAACAAGCACCUGUUUGUGCACAUCAAUCAGAGCAAUCCGAGCUACAGCGACCCCCUGCUGGAGUGUGUGGACAUCAGGCAGAUCUACGACAAGUUCCCAGAGAAGAAGGGGGGCCUUAAGGAGCUGUUUGCCAAGGGCCCUCAAAACGCUUUCUAUCUCAUCAAGUUUUGGGCGGACCUAAAUUACAAUGUACAAGAAGACCCGGCGGCCUUCUAUGGGGUCACUAGUCAGUAUGAGAGCUCAGAGAACAUGACUAUAACCUGUUCCACCAAGGUCUGCUCUUUUGGCAAGCAGGUUGUCGAGAAGGUGGAGACGGAGUACGCCAGGUUUGAAAACGGUCGUUUUGUCUACAGAAUCAGUCGCUCUCCAAUGUGCGAAUACAUGAUCAACUUCAUCCACAAGCUCAAACACCUGCCGGAAAAAUACAUGAUGAACAGUGUACUGGAGAACUUCACUAUUCUGCUGGUCGUGAGCAACAGAGACACUCAGGAGACCUUGCUGUGCAUGGCCUGUGUGUUUGAGGUGUCAAACAAUGAGCAUGGAGCACAGCACCACAUCUAUCGUCUUAUCAAGGAAUAAUACUCACUUCCCUUCACACACACACACAUAUAUGUACACACACGCACACAUAUGGCCUUUUAAUGGUAUGCGAAUUUGACGUUUGAGGUGAAAUGACUGAAAAUAAAAGCUACAAAAUAUCUUUGAACCAGACAAAUCCACGCUGGGAAAGGAAAAAUAGCUGCACCAUGACAACUAUCGUCAGACUAGUUUCAAUUCACACCAGCUAGGUCAGAUCAGAUGAGACCUGGGAGAGUUUUCUUCAUCUAUAGAUAUAAAAUCUGAUCUCACCAGAUGCUUUCACGUCUCCUUUAGCCUCGUCUCCAUUUACUCCCCGCUUAAUUUCUAAUUUGUGUUGCUUGCCUACUUGAAAACAAAACAAAAUCAAAUAUUCCUCACUUCCUGAGACUGUGCGUGUGUGCAUGCAUAUUUGUGUGUGUGUGUUAAAGGUCAGACCCUGUGUAUCAUCAAUAACCAUACAAGUUCAUGUUGAAGGAAAUAACACUACAACAUUGUCAUAAAGUAUAGUACAGAGGCGGUUUUGUACAGAUAGCGAUGCUAAAUUGUGUGAGCAGCAGCCUUGCACAAAAAAAUGGUUUGUCCCAAAGGAAAUAAUCACAUUUUUCUACCAUUUUGUAUGUUUUCUUCAAGAAAAAAAAAAAACCUAUAUAGUAAUUAUUCCAGGAACGCUAUCUAAAAUGGAUGUUAAUAUGAAAUUAUAAGCAAAACUAAACAAUUCAGGUAAAUUUUUUUUGUGCAACAGCAUUGAUUUAGUUGUACUGACUAUGUCAAGUAUCAACUAUUGGAAAGCACUGUGAAUUUUAUAAACUAUAUAACACAGUUGCUCAUGAUGUACAAGAUGGGAGAAAAUUUCAGAAUGUAAAAAAACAAACAAAAAACAAACAAAAAAAAACCCCGUUGACGUCCCUACAAAUAAAGGUUGUUCAGAUGACUUACACCAGCUUAUUUGAGCUUUAACACAUGUGGACCAACUUAUUGUGUUCAAGAAGAGACUUAAUAUCUGCUAUUGUUGUUGUUUUUACAGCACACGUGCCUGUUUUUUGUUUUUUUUAAUUUAUUAUUAUUAUUAUUUUUUUAAACGCUUGUUGACUAGGGCACAUUGAACACCUAAAGGCAGUAUCUUCUUUCCUGUUAGGUUACUCAAUAUUGAUGAAGGAAUGCAUUUAUGAAACAGAAACCAAAAGCUGUACACUGUAGCAGGUGAUGUUUGCUGAUUGGUCCAUGUCAUGCUGAACGGCAUGAAGUGCCUUUUGUCUGGAAACUAAAGUGUCUUCUCUUUGUUACUAAAUUCACACACACACACAUUUUUUUUUUGUCAGUGUUCGACAGUUGUUUAAUCAAGGCUUUUUUUUUUUUUUUUUUUUUAAUUAAACCUGCUCCAAUAUUGGACUGAUAUUUAAAUGUUCAAUGUCUUCUAAUAGUAAUUUACAAUUUUAAAUUUUAUUAUAGCAGUUUUUACUUCCCACAGAAUGUAAAUACAACACCCCUUGGGUCAUUUGUCGAAGCAGUGUCUGCUCAUGCAGUGCGGAUGUUUUUUUUUAGUUUGUCUACUGAUGUUGUUGAGACUGAACAUUGUCAGAUGGCUCAUUCAAAACAAUGCAGCAGUUUGGACUCGGCUACAUUAUUGGGAGAUCUUUAAUCUAACUGGUAGAAACAACUAGCUUGGCUUCAUGUACUUCAUAUUUUUUCCCCCCCAACAAAUACCCCUCACAUUCUCCACUAACUUUUAAUUAUUAUGUUGGCUAAUGAGAUUCAACAGCACUGACAUUUGGGGUGGGUCAGCACCAAAUGGUCCACAUUCAUGGGUACGUGUUUGCAUUUUGACAUUAAGGUGCACGCGCUCACUGAGAAAUUAAGGACAUGUUUUUAAGAAAUUAGAAUUUGGUCAGCAAAAUUGGGACGACAAAAACAAAAUACAGCAAAAUACAGUAUUAAACUCUUUUUACAGAACCCACAUACCAAAAAGCUUUGAAAUUAUAAUCUUUAGGGUUAUCUGGAGAUAUUGAGGCCUCAGCUUUUUUCCGGAGAAGUGGUGUCCACUGUAUCGAUUACUUUAGAGGCAACAAACAACAGUAUUUUCCUAACAUUACAUCUCCAUGUAUUCGGAUCCUUUGACUGUUUCUUUUCUUUUCUUUUUUUUUUUUAAAACAUACUUGUGUGACACUUCUUAUCAUCUUGGUUGGCAUCCUCUGGCUGGAACCAACCAGUAAGAGAAUGUCCUCAGCAGUCAAUAAAGUUCCCACUUCCAAAGUGGUGAAAAUUUGAUGUAUUCCAAAUGAUUUCAAAGUUCACCUCCUAAGUUUGUGAAUGAUCGUUGUGUGUUGUUAACGUUGUCUUUGGAGAGUUAGGCCCAUACAUGGCACAGAAUUCCCGAAUGGCCUUGAAUUUUUGCUUCCCGUUGUAUGAGCGAUGGGAGAAUUUUUUUUUUUUCUAAGGUGCUUUGUAUAAAGGUGACAAUAAUGUUUAUUGCAGAUGUUGUGUAUAUCUUUGAUAUUCUAAUCUCCAUCCUAUUUUGUGAAGAAGAAAGUACAUCUAGGAGAAUCCAAAUGCCAGGUGGUGUGUCUAUUGGUACCGCACAGGGUCUGAUUGUUGCUUUGUAACCUUUUCCCCCUCGUGGCGCUAAAAGUAUGUUAGAUAUUUUCUAGCUUUGUAGAGACUUUGUAUGCAUAUGCUAUUCACUUUCAAAUAAAUGGCCAGUUCUAAA